AUGAAUUUUGCGUUGCAAUUGCGCUGCGGUUUUCGCUUGCGAACAAAAACUGUAUUGGGCAAGAGCGACGGCGACAUCGGCAAUGACGUUGGUUCAGUGCAGUGGUUCGUGUCGCACCCCUCUCCCCCAAGCCCCGCGGCCCGCGCCUCCCCCCACCCUUGUGCCCGACGGUCGACGCUCUCUAAAACGAAAAAGGAAGCCAAAGGACAAUCUAUCACGCCCGAGGCCCUGCUUGAUAAAAAUCGACGAUUAGACCGCACAAUCGAUGACUCCUGCGCGGAGACGGAACGACGAGCGCUGCAUGCAUGUCGGAACGCUAAUACCGUUCGUGGAUUGAACUUGACGAGUAUGUUCUCCACUAUCCUUGAU